AUGUCGCUCAAGAAAGAUUCCCACCCUUCCUCCGCCGCGUUUGACGUGAUCAACCAGGUCCUUCAGGGUGAUGAAGCUGGACGUAAGGAGGCUGUCGGCCAGGCCAAGGCCAUCGUCGCCUUCAACAUCAAGAACGCCGAGGGCAAGGAGGAGAGCUGGCAUCUCGAUUUGAAGAACAAGGGCGAGGUCGGCCACGGUGCUGCCCCAGCGGGCGGCAAGGCUGAUGUCACCCUCACUCUCUCCGACGCCGAUUUCCAGUCCCUCGUUUCCGGCAAGGCCAACGCUCAGCGCUUGUUCAUGGGCGGCAAGCUCAAGAUCAAGGGCAACAUCAUGAAGGCUACCAAGAUGGAACCCGUCCUCAAGAAGGCUCAGGCUAAGGCCAAGCUGUAA